AUGGAACCAACAAUUGUUAAAAAUACUAUUACUUUUGAUACGGAUAUUGUUGAUAUUAUUGAAAUUGAUGAAUUUAAACCGUAUGUAAAGUCCCUUAAAGUUAAUAAUUCUGAAGAAUUUGAACAGAAUAUAGAAUUUAUCAAAA